AGGACGCAGGAAAGUUCUCCGCAGACAAAUGUUAGGCGCUCUCCAUGACCGAGUGCACGUAGAAAUCCCACAGAACUGAGCUGCGGGCGCACGGAGGGCUGCACACUCGGAACAAGCACAAGGAGACCGAAGAGGCGCUUCACUGAGGGUAUAGAGGAAGAGAGGAAGGGAGAGAGAGUGACUGAGAUCCAAUCUCACUCUCCCAGUUGAGAUCCUCAACGGAUCGCGUCCCACAACUGCAGGACAAUGUCAAGUAAAGCGACUUUAGCCUUACUCAUCUAUGGAAUCAUAAUGCAUUACAGCGUCAACUGCUCACCUGUGGGGCUUAGCUUUCCCAGUGUUAGACUUGACAGUGAGGUUUAUGAUGAAGAUGGAAACUCCUUACCGUCCCUGGAUUACGACAGAGACCAAAUGGAUGUGAGAAGCCCUCCGUCUGUCGCUGACGACGUCUACACUUUGUAUUACCCUCCAGAGAAAAGAACGGAAAGGCAUGCAGACGGCAUGUUUAAUAAAGCCUACAGGGAAGCGCUGGGUCAGUUAUCAGCAAGGAAAUAUCUGCAGUCUCUGAUGGCAAAACGUGUAGGCGGGGGGAAAAUGAUGGACGACAGCUCAGAGCCUCUGUCCAAGCGACACUCAGACGGGAUCUUCACAGACAGCUACAGCCGCUACCGAAAGCAAAUGGCAGUCAAGAAAUACCUGGCAGCAGUCCUUGGGAAAAGCCUUGAAGACAUAGGUUUUCACCAUAUCCUACAAGACAUAGACUUUGAUGCCCUCCCGGACGGGGAUGAGUUUGAGGCAUUUUUGGGAGACUGGCUGAAACAGUUCUCUCCCGAAUUUCCGGCUUUGUGACGCAGGAAGCAGUUUGCGGCUGUGGUGCCUUGCAUCGACUUUAAAAUCGCCAUGAAUCACAGAUGGCUAUUUAGUAGCCCUACAAUGCUGCACAUCAUCAGCUUACAUUUCACCCUUUUGUUGUUGUUUUUUGUGUUGCACAGACGUUUGAUAGGAUCUUUAGAAGCAUCCAGCUUUAAGACGCCAAGCGUACUCGCUUGCAAAUGCUUUCUUUUGCACUUUGUUUUUAGAGCAUAGACGUAGCUUUUUGUGAAAAUAGAGGGAAGGAUCAGUUUUCCGCUCUCCAUGAAACAUUAUAUGUAUGAUAAUGAAAGCGCCA